AUGGCCUCAAUUCUGUACUCUCCAGUCCUUGACAUCGCGACAUCUGCUCGUCACGUCCUUUUAUCACCACUUAUAUCUGGACCCCUGCUAUUUACAGCAACGUUCGCUCCUCAGGUCACCCAUAAGGCCAUCUCUGCAAUCAUCUCGUGCCUCCCUAUUGCCAACGAUGCAUCAUUGCAGUUGAUAGAGCGAUCUGCCAUCACAGCCAUCCGUGCUCUUUUUGCACUCAGCAUCAUUCGUCAAGUAAACCAAUGGCUCAGCACUAUGGCUACGAACUCGUGGAGGCUUACAAAAAGCCGAGGUUGGGACUGGCCUCAAGAAAUCGCCGUAGUCACAGGAGGCGCCAGCGGUAUUGGCAAGGACAUUGUCGAAAACCUCACAUCUCUGGGAGUGCGCGUUGCCGUUCUCGACAUUCAAUCUCUGCCCAAGUCCAUGGAGUCGGAUGCGCGCAUCAAGUUCUACCAGUGCGACGUGACCUCGUCUCAGUCUGUGGCCGCGGCAGGUGAGGCCAUCCGCCGCGAACUCGGCCACCCGACGAUCCUAGUCAACAAUGCCGGCAUCGCUCGCCCGAUGCCCAUCCUCAAGAUGCCCGAGUCGCUGUUGCGCAAGGUGUUUGACGUCAACUGCCUGUCGCUAUGGCUGACGACGCAGCAGUUCCUGCCCAACAUGAUCCAGAUGAACAAGGGCCACGUCGUUACUGUCGCCAGCAUCGCGUCUUUUGUGGCCCUACCCACUGGCGCCGACUACUCGGCGUCCAAGGCGGGCGCUCUGGCGUUUCACGAAUCGCUCGCCUGUGAGCUCAAACACUACUACAAAUCACCCAACGUCCUGACUACGGUCGUUCAUCCAAACUUUGUCCGCACUCCUCUGGUGGAUGACUUUGCCGGGCAUCUGGAGAGCUCGGGAGUACGCAUGAUGAUGCCCAAACAGAUUGCAGAUCCUGUAGUGGCGCAAAUCAAGAGCAGGAGAGGCGGUCAGCUGAUUAUCCCCAAAUCUGCUUCACCCAUCGCCGGUAUUAGAGGCUGGCCGAGUUGGUUACAGGAGCUGCUUCGUGACAUACUAGGAAGGCAGUCACUAUAG